GUGGGUUGUUAGGGACAUGCGCAGUAUUUGUUCUGUCUGAAGCGUCGUUCGGAGGGGAAUCGGGUUCGAUAGGUAUCAGGAAUCGGCGGCGACGGGAAUGGAGCCAAUGGCGCCAGGACCUCCUGCAACAACCAACUUGUUUCAACCUCCUCGCAGGCCAGGACUUGGUACAGUAGGGAAGCCAAUUCGGCUGUUGGCCAAUCAUUUUCAAGUUCAAAUCCCCAAAAUUGAUGUUUACCAUUAUGAAGUGGAUAUCAAACCAGAGAAACGUCCCCGCAGGGUCAACAGAGAAGUAGUCGAUACAAUGGUACGGCACUUCAAGAUGCAGAUUUUUGGAGAUCGACAGCCAGGUUAUGAUGGGAAAAGAAAUAUGUACACUGCAAAUCCAUUACCUAUUGGGCGAGAGAGGGUUGACUUGGAAGUGACCCUCCCAGGGGAAGGCAAAGAUCAGACCUUCAAGGUUUCCAUACAGUGGGUGUCAGUGGUCAGUCUGCAGUUACUCUUAGAAGCUUUGGCAGGGCGUCUAAAUGAAGUUCCGGAGGAUUGUGUCCAGGCACUUGAUGUUGUCACAAGACAUCUUCCCUCAAUGAGGUAUACCCCAGUGGGUCGUUCCUUUUUCUCUCCUCCAGAGGGUUACUAUCACCCACUGGGAGGAGGUCGAGAAGUUUGGUUUGGUUUCCAUCAGUCUGUUCGACCAGCCAUGUGGAAUAUGAUGUUAAACAUUGAUGUGUCUGCGACAGCUUUUUACAGAGCUCAACCAGUCAUUGAGUUCAUGUGUGAAGUAUUAGACAUUCAGAAUAUCAAUGAGCAGAAUAAACCACUGACUGACUCUCAGCGUGUGAAAUUUACCAAAGAAAUAAGAGGUCUAAAAGUGGAGGUGACUCAUUGUGGACAGAUGAAAAGAAAGUACAGAGUAUGUAAUGUCACCCGCCGGCCGGCCAGUCACCAGACGUUUCCUCUGCAGCUGGAGAAUGGGCAAGCAAUGGAGUGUACAGUGGCACAAUACUUCAAACAAAAAUACAAUUUGCAACUUAAGUAUCCCCAUCUACCUUGUCUACAGGUGGGACAGGAACAGAAGCACACCUAUCUGCCACUUGAGGUAUGUAACAUUGUAGCUGGGCAACGUUGUAUCAAGAAACUAACAGACAAUCAGACAUCAACAAUGAUCAAAGCAACAGCACGGUCAGCGCCCGACCGACAAGAGGAGAUUAGUCGUCUGGUGAAGAGUAACAGUAUGAUUGGCGGGCCAGAUCCAUAUCUAAAGGAGUUUGGUAUUGUCGUUCAUAAUGAAAUGACUGAGGUCACAGGUCGUGUGCUGCCUGCACCGAUGCUCCAGUAUGGAGGCAGGGUAAGUCUGAUGUUGGACGGAAGCAGCUGGAAUUGUGAAUGCACAGGACUUGAAAAUAAGACUGUUGCUACCCCAAACCAGGGGGUAUGGGACAUGAGAGGCAAACAGUUCUAUGCUGGCAUUGAGAUUAAAGUCUGGGCAGUUGCCUGCUUCGCACCACAGAAACAGUGCCGGGAGGAAGUUCUAAAGAAUUUUACUGAUCAGCUGCGUAAAAUUUCCAAAGAUGCUGGAAUGCCUAUUCAGGGUCAGCCAUGUUUCUGUAAAUAUGCACAAGGUGCAGAUAGUGUAGAACCGAUGUUUAAGCACUUGAAGAUGACUUAUGUUGGUCUGCAGUUGAUUGUAGUCAUCCUCCCCGGGAAGACUCCUGUUUAUGCUGAAGUAAAACGUGUGGGUGACACCUUGUUGGGAAUGGCCACACAGUGUGUUCAGGUGAAGAACGUAGUCAAAACAUCCCCCCAGACAUUAUCAAAUCUUUGCUUGAAGAUUAAUGCAAAACUUGGUGGAAUAAAUAAUGUCCUCGUACCUCACCAGCGACCAUCUGUAUUCCAGCAACCUGUCAUCUUCUUGGGAGCUGAUGUCACACACCCACCAGCUGGAGAUGGCAAGAAACCCUCAAUUGCUGCAGUGGUUGGUAGUAUGGAUGGGCAUCCCAGUCGAUACUGUGCAACAGUGCGUGUGCAGACAUCAAGGCAAGAAACAUCUCAGGACCUUCUCUUCAGUCAAGAAGUAAUCCAGGAUCUGUCCAACAUGGUGCGUGAGCUUCUAAUUCAGUUUUACAAGUCAACUCGCUUCAAGCCUACACGUAUCAUCUACUACAGGGGUGGAGUAUCUGAAGGGCAAAUGAAACAGGUUGCCUGGCCUGAGCUUAUUGCUAUUCGAAAAGCCUGUAUUAGUUUAGAGGAAGACUACAGACCUGGCAUAACGUACCUUGUUGUUCAAAAACGACACCAUACUCGACUAUUCUGUGCUGACAGAAGUGAAAGGGUGGGUAAAAGUGGCAAUGUUCCUGCUGGUACAACUGUGGAUAGCACCAUCACCCAUCCUUCUGAAUUUGAUUUUUACCUUUGUAGUCAUGCAGGAAUUCAGGGUACCAGUCGUCCUUCGCACUAUCAUGUCCUGUGGGAUGACAACUGCUUUUCAGCGGAUGAACUGCAGCUUUUGACGUAUCAACUAUGUCAUACAUAUGUACGUUGCACACGCUCUGUUUCAAUCCCUGCACCAGCAUAUUAUGCCAGACUGGUUGCAUUUAGAGCAAGAUACCAUCUUGUCGAUAAGGAUCAUGACAGUGCUGAAGGAAGCCACAUCUCUGGACAGAGCAAUGGUCGGGAUCCACUGGCACUUGCCAAGGCUGUACAGGUCCACCAUGAUACCCAGCAUACAAUGUACUUUGCAUAAAACCUGCUGAAGUUUCCAGCCAUUUCCAGCAUACUGUGCUGUUCUGAAACGUCCUUAGUGCUUUUUUUUAUAUAAACUUGUAAGGGCCAAGCAGGUUUCAGACAGCAAUCUACCAGCGAAAAAGAUGCAAUGCACUGAAUGACUCAUUUAAAUAAUUAGUAUUUAAAUGCACAGAGAAAUGAGCCAUUGUUCUUCAUAAUCUAUCAGAAGCACUAUACAAGGACAACUGUGGUGGUUUUUUUCCCACCAUAAUGAUUUUAUAUUUUUUACCUCAAGGCUAGAAGGCUGAACAUCAAAGGGGAAAAUUGCAUGAAUGACUUUGAUUGUUACUACAUUCAGUAGCAAGAUUUGAUAUUGUGUGUUUUCUUUCUCUGUUUAUACGAGGUAACACUGUUGUAAAACUCCUAUCUAUUUUUAAUCUUUUACAAAAGGACUCUGUUUUUGUGUGUGUAUCUAUGUGUAUAUAAGUGUGUGAGAGCAAGAGAGAGAGAGAGAUCGAGAUGGGCAUUAGGGAUUCUUUAUAGCUAGUUCAAGUCUAUCAAUUGUGCAACAGUUUCAAAGGGAACCCUUGUGAAACUGUGCAACUAUAAAGGUGCAAAGUGUUUCCAAACUAUACAAGUACAGGCAACCAGCAUUAUGCACUCAUAACUGCAGAGUAGUUCUUAUGGUCCAUCUUUGCAAGACUUAAGUUCUUGUGAUCUGGUUUGUUCAGAAAUUGGGCUGUUACCCAUAUGGUUGAGGUUUGUGGUAGAAUAUAAAAGGAAGUUUAAGUGUAAAUAAAUCCAAUAUUGAUAAUUAAGUAAAUUAUUUUAGACCCUAUGGUUCUGAAAUGUUUUGGUACCAGCAUUGAAAAAAAAAAUCCUCCAAUAUGUAAAAUAUCAGAUGUACCAGUCCUGUCAGUGGGUGUCCUACAUCACUGCCUCAAUCCAUUUGGUGGUCUUAUCAUUGUUUGAUUUCUUUUGAUGCAUUGGCCAUCAGUGUGGUCUGACCCCAGUUACUGUGAACUACCCAACCACAACUUACUUCCCAUACUUACUUCAUGACAGGUCAGUCAUGAUCACAGAUUGUUAGUCAACUUGGCAGCCCCUAUUGCCACUGAUAAACUCCAUUCCUUGUACUAGUGAAUUUAAUUUGUUUUUAAAUAGUAAUUUUGCACUACAAGCUUAAUCUUUGUGAUUUUUACCUUAAACCUUGAUUGUAGCUGAACAUAGUACAAUUCUUUCAUAUGCAAUUGAUAAACAAAAGUUCCUCAUGAGAAUUACAUUUGACACAAGUAAGUUAGUCAUUAGGGAAAAAAUGCUUAAUAGAAUAAUAUAUAUGCUGUGAAGCGUACUGUACUUGCAUAUUUUGAAAGAAAACAAUCCUUUAAUAUUUUUAUGCAACAUUUUAAAUUGUACUUGUCAGGUUUUUUUGCUGUUGUUCAUCAGCAUCAGAAGCUUCUAAGUACUGAUAGUUUAUUGCAGUAAGUUUUCAGUGGAGUAACAUUUAAAUACCUGCUUGAUUGAUUAUUGCAGAAACUAUUAUGGUGCUUAAAAAAUACUUGACUGUAUUUAUAUUGAGGCUUUUGCCAGCUGGACUGUCCAUGAUCACUUUAUAGCUUAAGGAAGAAAGAUAUGGUCAGCUGUACUCGGAAGAAGACCAAAACUGUGGUUAUAAUACUACAGUUCACUCUUGGAAGAGAUAUUUUAAUUUGUAAUUGCAAUGGUCUGUUUUAUUUGAAGUUGAGCAUACUUUUUUGCAUUUGAAGUUUUGUGCAAUAUAUGUUUAAAAACCUUCAACUGCAAGGCAAAGACUGUAGAAGAGGGUUUUGUUGGCUAAGCAUAUGGGCAAUUAAAAAGCAGUAAUUUAAAAUUUCCAGUUUGGUUCUCAAGGAUCUUGCUAAGGGAUAUUGAUUUAUUAUGUGGUUCCACAUCCUCGUGCAAUUUUCCAAGGAUUGUGACUUUUUUGUAGCAUAGGAAUGUUUCGUUUUCUAAGCAAGCAAAACAGCAUUUUCCUAAACUAGCUUAUAAGUCUGCAUCAGGAGAGUAAAUCUUGGUUUUAUUCAUUCAAUCAUGACUCAAAAAAAUUAUACCACCCCAUACAAUUUUUAAAAGCUAGCUUUUCAUUUAGUUUAUUUCAGCAUUCCAUCAAUGGGGGUAAUAAUAAGGAAUCUUAAUCUUAAAAUAUUUUCGUUGGGCUACAGUUAAUUGUUAUUUUUUUUAAAAGUGUAUGGUUUAUCUGAUCUUUGGAUGAAUCCUUUUGUAGCAACAGUCAAAAUAGUUUUAUCAAAUAAUGUCCUUUCCCUUAACACAAAAUUAUUUUUUGACACUUGAAAUAACUCUAAAUAACUGUUUAACUUAGUGACCUGUUGCAUUUUUAUUGCCAUAUCUGACUGGAGUUAUAUUUAAACUUUAUCAUUUUUCAAAUGGCAAAAUAUAAUUUUAGUUUCUAAAUUGGGAUUUUCCUGACAGUUGUAUCCAACUAGAAACAAGAUUUCUGAUUUGUCUAUGGAAACUUUAUAAUACACUUUGCAGUAUGUGUUACUCAAGAAAUAGUUUAAUAUUCAACAAACUUCUAUAGGGAUACUGGGGUUAUAACAAUGGCAGUAAUUUGAGCAGUAAGGGGGUCAUGUUACUUAUCGCUGGACUGAACUUGCACUUUUUAAUAAAUUGUGUUUUUCAACAUUUUGGGGCUUAUACCAUUGAUAUAACUACGGUAUAGUUUUCAGUAUUCCAGUCUAUAGGAAGUUUUUUUUUAAUUAAAUUGAAGUACAUCUUCUGUCUUCGACACUUUUUCAGUCUUAAUGCAGUGAAUUUUUAACAGCAGACGUGCUUUAUGGUAUUCAGCCACCAGUAUUUUGUAGCCAAUUUUCCAAUCUAGCUUUCAUAUUGUGAAAUGCCUCUACUUUCCAGAAUGGACUGCUUGAACUACAUGUUCCCUAGGAAAAUUGAGGAUAGAGAUAAUCAAAAACAAUAAUUUUAAAGAACAUAAAUAUCAGUAAUUUUCAGAAUUUGUCUUUGAAAAGACUCUCCAUAAAAAUGCCACUUAACUGUUUCCUAAGUACAGGAGACAACCAUCAGGUCUUAAGACCGUGUAAUGAGGCAAGUUAUAUUGAGAGUGUAUUUGUGCUUAAGUUAAUAUCAGUUGUAUUAAAUUUCUAUGAUAUUGGAUCAUGUCUUCAAAAGAACACCAGAAUAGUUUUACAAAUGUAAAAUGCAGACAGCUGGGACUUCAAUGUAUUGCAGUAUUCUAUUUCUAUUUGUUUACUCUUAGAUAGUCAGUGACUAUCUAAAUUUCAAUAACUGUCAUAAGAUUGAUCUGAGGCAGAAGUUGUAAUUAAGAAUGAGAGUAAUUGACAUUUAUUUUUACAUUUUUUAAUUUGUAAGGGUACGGUAAAUGCUGUUCAAGUUAUGAGUAUGCCUGUUUUAAUCUGAUUUUUAUUUCCUACAUGCAGAAUUUAAAUACCAGGGUGCAGUCAAAUAAUAUAAACUUUUGACUGUAUUCCAUGAAUACAAAAUCAAUUCAAUUUUUUUGAGGGGAGGAGGGUGGAUAUGAAUUUGUAGCUUUAUGACCGGAACCACAAGAUAAUUUUUGAAGUUAUGAAUGGUCUAUAACAAUAUUUCCCACCAGCUAAAAUUAUUGUAUUUGUAAAUUUGAAUAAAGACUGGAAGUUUA